AUGCUCUCCUUCUCGCGACCGUCUCUACGACCCUCCGCGAAUAACGCAAUAGCGCAUAGAGCUCGACUGGUGAUAUCAUGCCGGGCCUUCCAUCUGCUACCUUGGCUGCUGUUUCUGUCUCUGAUUUCACACUCACGCAUUGUGUUCAGCCUCGCCGAGCCGGGCCUCGUCACCUCUGUGUGUUGCCGUCUGCUCUCCCAACUUAGCACGCCUGCAUCACGCUUGCACUGCCUGAUUAACCCAGUUGACCCGCCCCAUUUUCCCGCGCCUACUGCUGCUGCCCCCCGGUCCUUCCUGUAG